ACGCACACACAUACACAAAACUUUUCCAUCUGUUUUUGUUUUCGUUUGCGUUAUUUUUUUUGUUGUUGUUAAAAUAUUGUUAUAUUAUUCUGUGUGCGAGCGAGCAAGCAAGCAAUCGAUCGAUCGAACGAGCAAGCGAGCCAGCGAACGAAGAAGAGCAAGCGAAAAAAACGAAGUGAUCCAUCCAGGAGGAGCAAUAUACAGUUAGUUCAUCAUCACAAUACCAUCAUGGAGGUGUACACGUCGGACAGCUCGGACACGGACUCCCGUGAGCAGAAGACCCUGGACUUUGGGCGGAUGAGUCUCGACCUGGUCACCCUGGAGGAUCACCUGAGCAGCCCCCAAAAGGGCCUCCUCAAGGCCAGCGGUGACAUCGAGACGAUGCUCCUCAACCACAACCGGCUGGUGGGACUGCCCCGUCUCCUGCAGCAGUUUGCCAACUUAAAGGUCCUGGAUCUGAGCUCAAACGCCAUCACCCAGCUACCGGAUGCCGUCUGCCAGCUGCCUCUGGUCACACUGAUUGCCAAGAACAAUCUACUGACCAAUGGUUCGCUGCCCAAGUCGCUGCUCUCCAAGCAGGCCGGUGGCACUGUCGGCGGCUCCACCCUCAAGGAGCUGAAUCUGAGCGGCAACCAGCUGACCCACUUCCCGGAACAGGUCACCGAGCUGCGCCAGCUGAAGUAUCUGUAUCUGGGCGGUAACAAGAUCUCGACCGUUUCGAAGGAUAUCUGGAAGAUGCAGAGCCUGCAUGUCCUGUCGCUGGGCGGCAACCUCAUCAGCGAGGUGCCCGAGUCAGUGGGAUCCUUGAACCAGUUGCAGGCUCUGGUCCUGUGCGACAACCUCAUCGAGAUUCUGCCCACGAGCAUUGCACGUCUGAAGAACCUCAAGUCGCUUCUCCUGCACAAGAAUCGACUGCGUCAUCUGCCCAAGGACAUUGUGGCCUUGAAGAAUUUAACGGAGUUGAGUCUUCGUGACAAUCCAUUGGUGGUUCGCUUCGUCCAGGACAUGGCCUUGAAACCGCCCACUCUGCUGGAGCUGGCCGGACGCAUGGUGAAGGCCAGUGGACAACGGCCCGGACCCUAUGACAUCCCCAGGACACUGGCCGAGUACCUGAACAGCGCCAACUGUUGCGUCAAUCCCAACUGCAAGGGCGUCUUCUUCGACAAUCGGGUGGAGCACAUCAAGUUUGUGGACUUUUGCGGCAAGUAUCGAGUGCCGCUGCUGCAGUACCUCUGCUCCUCGAAGUGCAUCGAACCGGAGGAGCCGGCCCGCGGCACAGCACCGCUGCCGGCGAAUGUGAGCAAUGCCAGCAGCGGAUUCAUGAUGCGCAAGGUGCUGCUGGGCUAGGAGCGUUCCCGUCCGGCCCGGGCCCGCCCAUUCCGCCGGCUCCAGGGAGCGUGAUACGGAGCAUCGGCCGUUGUGAUUCGAUGCGGUUCGGUUCGGUUCGGUUGCGGGGGGAAACGACGGAAACGGAAACGAACUCUAACAUCGAUAUUGGAACGGAAACGGCAUUGUUAUAUUUUGGAAUCGGAACGGAACGGAACGGAAACGGAGACGACGGCGGUAACGGUGGCAAAAAAAAUAAUACACAAAAAACGACGAUUUCGGAGACGAAGAUAGAUCCAUAUUCGCUCCGACGACUGGAGGAACCCAUUGGCGCUGGAAUCCCAUUGGCUUCACUUCAUCAUUUGACGCACGUUAUCAAAACCAUGAAAACAUGAACUAGUUCUCUAAGUGAUUACUACAUCCAUACACUGACCCGACGGCCUUGCGUGUCCGUUUCUCUGUUUCUGUUUGUUUGCUUGUUUGCUUGCUUGUUGUUAUCCACAAAUACACACACAGUCUAUACCAA